GCAGAUCUUUCAAAGAUGGGAAAUUCCAAUGAUUCUUUCCGUUUUGUCGAGCCCUGCUUUGGUCUCUGGUUUGAUGGUUGUACGUGCUAAAAAUCCGGUACAUUCCGUUUUGUUUCCCAUCCUAGUCUUUUGCGACACUUCUGGUUUACUUAUUUUGUUAGGUCUCGACUUCUCCGCUAUGAUCUUCCCAGUAGUUCAUAUAGGAGCUAUUGCCGUUUCAUUCCUAUUCGUGGUUAUGAUGUUCAAUAUUCAAAUAGCGGAGAUUCACGAAGAAGUAUUGCGCUAUUUACCAGUGAGUGGUAUUAUUGGACUGAUCUUUUGGUGGGAAAUGUUCUUCAUUUUAGAUAAUGAAACCAUUCCAUUACUACCAACCCACAGAAAUACGACCUCUCUGAAAUAUACGGUUUAUGCCGGAAAGGUACGAAGUUGGACUAAUUUGGAAACAUUGGGCAAUUUACUUUAUACCUACUAUUCCGUCUGGUUUUUGGUUUCUAGUCUGAUUUUAUUAGUAGCUAUGAUUGGGGCUAUAGUACUUACUAUGCAUAGGACUACAAAGGUGAAAAGACAGGAUGUAUUCCGACGAAAUGCCUUGGAUUCUAGGAGGACUACUAUUCAUAUUCAGAACAGAAGGUUCUUCUCCCACAAAGGGGAUGACGCACCUGUCCCCCCCGCUGAUCCGGAAUCCAUUUAAUCUGAUUUGGCAGAGAGAAUAGAAAGGAUUUAUAGGCGGGCCGGGGAGGAGCAAUCUUUAGUAGAAGCCGGGACUACGCCAAGGGAACUUGUAGAUAACGUCCUGCCAGAGGGGGCGGAGCUACCGCUUCUACAAGAAACCUGGGUUCAGUUUGUACGGGACGAGUCACACAGCGAGUUUUGGGUAGAGAUCGAUUCGAUAAUCUGCUAAGGAAAUAUGGGCACGCGGCGCGCGGUGAGCCCGACACCCCCGAUCCCGAUGCUCGAGCCUGAUGCCCCUCAAUCAGGAGGAGGCGACUCAGCGGGGAGCACGGGGGAAGAAAAUUGUCCGGGGGCGGGAAGGAAAGUAGGAACCUCCGAAGGCCCGCCCGAGUCAAGGAAGCGCAAAAGUUAUUCUGAUUCUGAUUCCGGGGGGGAUGAUGGGAGUGACCCUGCUCCGGAUCCUUCUCCUUUCUUUUGAUUUUGACUAAAAUGAGAGGUGGAGAAAUUGAGUUCUUUUGAGCAGCGUUGUCUGUAGUAGAGUAGCUUUUUUUUUUUUCUUUUACAGAAAGAAGGCGAGGCCCACCUGCCUUCUCUAGGUACUUUACUUGGAAAGGUGUCACCGCCUUCCUUCUUCUCUAGGUACUUUACUUGGAAAGGUAGGUGCGGGAAAGAAGAGCGGGUAUGUGGGCUUCUUUCAAUCGAAACUUUUUUGAAGCCGUCAAACUUUAUCGUUUCAUUAUAGAUGGAUCUAAAACAUUGCGUUGCAGAGUGGAGGCGUGAAGAAGGUUAAGAGAAGCAAGCCAAAGGAAAGAAAAAGCAACUUGAUACAAUAUUGAAGAUAAACACUCAGGAAAGCACUGGGUCAACUGACUCCACUAGCCAGCUUCUGCUUCAGAACUUACUUCAAAGAGGCUGACUUAGCACUUAGCAUAAUGCUUUUGUUCCGGUGCAUAAAAGUAAGUGAGCAGGUGGGUGAGUCCAAAGGUUUUUCCGAAGCGCGAAGGACUUGCAGUUCUAAAAUAGGAAGGGCUCUGUACUCAAAUCAAAGCAAAGUAGUAGUUUCAUAGGUCGUUGUGCUAGAGCUAAGAUUUAUAUGAAAGUGUGAGGGGAAGCCAUUUCCAGCUUCUACUUUCUGCGAACCGGGCUCAUUACCGGCCUACAGUAGCAUUCUACUGUGAGCUUUCUCACUGCGGAUCGCCUUGAUUCACUGAUCGUUGACAGCUACUCAGGAGAGGUUAUCCUUUGCCAGACUUUGUGUUGAGAUGAGUUCUCCGCUUCCCGAAAAGAUGAUUUUUGUCAAUCAGCGUAGAGUGGUGGAUUAUAAAGUGGUACAGUCCGAAUGGGUUGGUUCAAGCUAGCUGUUCUUACUGAACAGGUGUUUUAGCAUUCUUUUCGAAUUCGAAGUUGCGGGGUGCUUUGGCUUUUCAAAGUUCUCAAAGAGAAUAAAGUAAAGGCGCUACGCGUGGAUCGAAUUAAAGUAACGUAAGGUUUCGUAAGAAACAAUUGAAUAAGCGUAUCAAAGAGAAUGAGGUCUAGCACUCCGAAAUACCAUUGAGAAAGAGCAAUAGAACAAGGUUAGAAUAAGAUCUCCAAAAUGGUUGAUGACUCCCACAACUUGUCAGGCUGCAUUCCCGUGAAAUUGUUUUGGGACAAUUCCAGUUUUACUAUCUAUGCGGUAGCUCAGCCAAGUAAUCUGGUAUCUCACCAUUAAGACGGUUACCUAGCAAGUUCAGCUCUGUGAGGUUCUUGCAUCCUUUAAAUGAAUGUCUCUAGAAUACUCCCAGUCAGAUUGUUAUUGUGCAAUAUGAGUGACUGCAGAGAGUUGGCUUGACAUAUCUCGGCUGGGAUAGAAUAGAACCUGAGAGCUGGUUGGUUUCUGCAGAGAAACUAACAAGAUGCUGCAAUGGCAGCGCUGGCAGAGGCCCACGGAACAUGUUUUCUGCAAGAGAUAUGGAUCGAACACUCGCCCUGUUCCGUAUCCAAUCUGGAAUAUGACCCGUAAGUUUGUUCCCUUCAACGAAAAUUGUGGCAAUAGCUUCUAAAUCUGCAAGUUCUUCAGGGAUAGAGCCUGUGAAGGCAUUGAAGGGACGGACAGAUUUUUGAGCGUAAGCUUCUUGCAGUUACUAAGCUCUUUUGGUAUGCUCCCACUGAGCCCAGCACCUUUGCAAACAGCCGAGUUAGAUUGCCCAGCUCACCGACAGAUGUUGGCAGUUCAGCAUUGAAGUAGUUCUCUGAUAUAUAAAGUUCCUUCUUUUGAGACCACCAAUUGACCAAGGGAUGGUGCCUGUGAACUUGCAUCCGGGGAGUUGAAGAACUUUUAGCAGCUUCAGGUUACCAAUCUCUUCUGGAAUGCUUCCACUAAGACCAUUCUGUCUCUAAAUUAGCAAUUCCUUAUUUUCCAGUUGACCAAUCUCCCUAGGUAUUGGCCCCACCAAACUGUUUGAUGAGAGAUCAAGUGUCAACUGGUUCACCAACGCAGUUAUUCCCGGGAAUAUUUAUCCCGUGAGGUUAUUCUGGCUUGCAUCAAGGUGCUAGAGCCGAGACUGGUUACCAAAAGCAGCUGGUAUCGACCCGUUGAAUGUGUUCAUGUGAAGGUCCAGGAUAUCCUCGAGGAUGAAGGCCAGAUCACGCCCAAUUCGAUCCUUGAAAGACCCAUUGCACUACAGCGGCAGCUCGGGCUCGAGCAACGGCGGGAGAUAAGUCUUCUCUUCAUUCAGCAUUCAGUCUAUCUUCGGAAAGCAGCAAUAAUUGAUGCACGCAGACGAUGGUUAAAUGCUUUCUUGAUUUACUACUAAUAGGUGGUGUCUAGACGCUAGGAAAAAGUGAGGAUUAUAGCUUCUGCCCCAUAGACCAUUCGGAAAGGAGUCUGUCCCUUCGGUCUUAUAUGUUAGUAUAGGUUGGUUCUUCCGAAUGCACAUAAGACCACUGGUCACCCUCAAUCCUUAGCAUUGAACUUGACUGAUUUGGCUAAGAUCUGGGGAACUAGAGCAGUCCCCAGAGGGCACUACACAAGGCAGGAGAGGCAAUAGCGAAGCGAAGCCCUAGUUCAAUCGAGGAUGGAUUCAUUGAGUGGGCGAGGAAGAUGAUUGGUAUGGGAAGAUCGGUCUUUCACUAAUGGAGCAUCUCCACCCUAGCCUUGAAGUUGAACAUCCGGGGAUAUCUAAAUAUUGAACCAGUGAUUAAAAAGAAUGGCAAGACUGCGGUUGAAGUCCCAGCUGGAAAUCCAAAUUGCUCGAACACAAAAAAUCUAGACAAAGGAAAGAAACCUGGUUUGCAUAUUUUCGUAUAUGCCCAACUAAUCUAUCGCAUAGGAAGAUCGCCCCUGUAAGUUUAUUUCACACAUUAUGUUACUUUGUUUAUGGUGUGGAAAUAAAUAUCAAUAUUCUAACUUGCCGCUUUCUAUGGAUGCAUCCUCUACUCUAGUGCUUACCUGUCCUACUUUCUUUAAUUCAUUCCUAUUUCCUCUCCUGUACUUAUAUUUAUCUUGCCUGCGGCAGUUUUGUAAUCAAUUUCUACUAGGGAUAGGGAGCGUGAACUUUCUCUCAUCCAGUGAAUGAGUUACCUGAAGAUCGAUGGCAUAUAAAACGCCCUAAUUCAAUAUAAAAUCUGUUAUUUCACUUUCAAAAUGCCCCGUUCGCACUUGCUUGAGUGAGGCGCAAGCCGUUUUCUUGCUAGGCAAGAUAGGUCAACGGAUAGCUUGUUGGUUGAUACGGGACCCCUUCUCAACUUCAUGUGUUUUGUAACUGCCAUAAAGCAAGGCCAUAGUCCAACAUUCCAUCCUUUUCCACCGCUGUAUUGGCUUCUGCUUCUCUUCCUUUUGCCGAGGAAGAUCUGCUUCUCUUGCAUCCUCCAGUCUUAAAUUCCUAUCCGUACUAGACUAGACCUUCCCUUAGCCAUCAACCUACCGAACCCAGGAAUGAGAUCCACAAGGAAAGAGAUUGGCAGAAAUCCAGAAAGAAUGAUGCACAAGAAAUGGUUAGAACCUCGAGAAUAGAUGCGAAUAGCAGCUCAGAUCAGAUCCGAGAUGGAGCAGCAAUAAAGCAAAGAGGAGCAGAAAGGUUCGAAUCGAAUCGCAAGCAGCUGACUAGAGAGAGAUGAGUUGAGAAAUAAAGACUAUCCAAAUAUUGGAUAAGUUGUUUCGUAAUUCAUCUUUGUCAUUGACUUCGGCCUCUCAUUUAUCCUUAUUUGGUAGCUGAGAAGUGAAGCACAACAAAGUUUUAAUAGAUCUCUUCCUGUCAUUCAAUAACCAUCCUUUAUUUUUGCAGUAUAGAGAAGUGAUUAGCCGGUGCCCAGGAUAAGGUAGUGGAACUGGUGCGUAUCAGGUUUGGCAUUAGCUCUUUUGAAUAAUAGAGCUGAGCAGCUAAGAACAGAUAGCAAUCUGGAACAGCUCUGAAAUGCAAAUAAAAUGAUGAUUGGUCCUAGCUUAUGGGUUGCGAUAAGACAGUUUCGAAGGUUCUAGCCAUCUCAAGGAAGUAUAUAAGUAGCUAUCGGCACCUUUUGAAGAAGGAGGCUCGGUAGCAGAGAUGUUGAGUAAAGUCUAGAUGACACGAACCCUAGCAGAUCUGCUAUAGCAAAGUGGUAAGUUACCAGCGGUGUCGAUAGAAUAGAAGAGAAGCAUCAGAGCGAGCGUUAUAGAUCAGUCAGCAUUAGCGACAUCAAUUCUGCUACAGUUUUGUUAAAGAAAGGUGAAUACAUUCUAAAAAGUCUAAAACUCAUCUUAUUUCUUAAAGAGCAUAUAACAACAAACGAUUUCACUUACAAGGGGGUGCAGCUGCAGGAACUGGGUGCUGUGCCGCCCGCUGCCUACUUAAUGUUUCGCUUGCCUUCUACACUUCUGCAAUGGGAGUCACCACAUGAGAUGCUAUUUUUCACCUUUCGCUAUUAUUCGCUCUUGCGUGUCUUUGGAGCCCGAUCUUUCCCUUGCUUACGCCCCUAGAAACUCCGUGAAAAAACCACCUCGUUUUUCCAUAAAUAAAGGAUUCCUAAUAAAGUUUUUACAUAUCAUAUCCCAGCGGUAUUUUUUUAAUAAUUUUUGCAUAAAUAAAGUAUAAUUUCCACAAAAUAACACUUUUAGGCGCCCACUUGAAAUUCAACUUAACGUUGGACGUUGACCAGGCCCUCUCUAUUGCCAGAAUUGGGGACUGGCUCUUCUCCACAACUAGAAAACACAGAACUGCCAGAGGUUUGGUCAUAACCAGCACGCACCCUCGCCAAUUUCGUUCUAAGCUCAAUCCAAGAUUGUGAUCGGGUUGCCUUUCGAUAUAACUUGGUUCAAGCUUGGAUCCAGUGGAUAGAUACUUUAAACGAUGGUAGGAACGGGAGCUACCCUGGAUCACUUGAGGAAGUAAGAACGCAAGUCUCUCAGUUGAAAUUAGAUCGUUCCAGGAUAAUAGCUGAAGCGGCUGAGAACUCCCAAAGAGAAGAGAACCAGCUUAAGGAGCAGGUAUCCGGAGUAUCAGCAAGCUAUAAAUAGCUUUAGGAUUGUAUGAAUAGAGUUGAGGAUCAAGUAUCCCUCAUAUUUAGAUCCCCCGUUGGGAAAAGCCCCUUUUUUAAAUCCUUUCACGCUUUCCCUUUGCCGAAGGCCGGCCUCUUUAGUUCCUACGUUUUCGGAAAAGAAGGUGAGACGCUAGCUAGCAACGGGAAAAAACGAGUAGUUAAAGAUGUGAAUGUAAGACUACUCGAAAGUACUUCCAUUUUUAUUAUAUUAUAUAGUUUCUAAUAGAGAGUACAGUUGUAUCUAUGUGCGAAACGACGAAAGAAAGAUGGAAGGCCCAAAGAGCUCUACAGUAGUGCCCCGGAAUGGGGUCGUAGAGCCGGUAACCCACUCUGUUUAGUAUUUUGAUUUCGUUCAAGGUGUUGCUCUGUCAAAUAGAGAUUGUGUGGGUGUUCAGUCUACCACUCAUGUUCACGUUCUACAAAUCUAAGGGAGUGCUCCUAGACUGGACGACUUCCCGUAAAUAACCUAGUUCAUGUUCCUUUGAAAGAAAUAAAAUGAAAGCUUUUGAAGCGAAGAUGUCAACGCGGUGCUAGGUUUGCGCCGGCCACGAUUAUUUAUAAGUAUAUUGGAAAGAAGAGUGACUAGGCUACGGUCUAACUUUUUCUUCCUAGCGGAGUUCAAUACGAAAAUAAAGGCGCUCCGCGUUGGGAAUGGCGUACGUAGUACGGGUGGUAUUUCCGGUAUAACUGAUCAGGGUUGUUCUGAAAGCAAGUCAAUUGGUGCUUUGGAAAGUGAGUGCCAGAGGCUAGUCACUGCUUGGUUUACAGAAGGGAAGGAAGAAAGAGAUACCGAAGCAGAUUCAGUAUAGAAAAGAAGAAAUUGAUACCAUUCAUUCCAGCUUAUUUGAUACCCACUUAAAGUUUCUAUCAAACCAUGUCUUUUUCUUCGAACGUCAAUCUCGUAGGAAUUUAGAUUGGAAGUGUGGUAUUGAAGGGCGAAGCCUUUACUCUUUUACUUGUUUCUUUGAAUAUAAUAUAACAUAGUAUUGACUACGCACUUCGAAAGAUAAUGGUGUAUUCCGAGGAUCAGUCCGUUUUUUAUUGAAUUCGCAAAUUGAUAGAUCUGGAUGAUUAAAAGAAUGAUUCUUCCCUGGGUAUUUCCCCGCUACCAUUAUGGAAAUUGGAGCUUUUCAAUUCCAUUUUGGAGAUGCUCGUAACGAUUUUUUUCUUUUGGGUGGGCAAGAAAAGGAUUUGACUCUUGAAGAUAUCAACUCAUACGCCUGCUCCAUACAUUAAAAAACAUUUUGGGUACUUUCUAUUAGAAUGGAUAAAUAGAAAUGGGUACAUUCCUCUUUCUCUUUCCUGGCCAAACUACCAAAAAAAA